AUGAACACUCUCAUGGCCAGUGCCCGCUCCCUCUCUGAACGCCCGCGAAACCUCCUCCUCACCUUCGACGCGUUUGGAACCCUUUUUUACCCUCGUCCACCUGUCCCACAGCAAUACGCGGCUGUUGCGCAUCAAUUCGGUCUGUCCCGCGCUGCUGUCACCCCUCAAGCAAUCGAACGAGCCUUUGGAGACGUUUACCGCACACAUUCGAAACGCUGGCCUAACUACGGUCGCGCUGAUGUGCUUCGGGGAAAAUAUGGUGGACCCCAGCAGUGGUGGGAAGAGGUGAUGCGGGAGUGCUUCGUGCGCGUUCUGGCUCCCCAAGGUAGCCACUUAACCCCGGAAGGGUUGCCCCAAACGCCCUUUGAGCUUCCCCAGGGGAUGGUUGAUACCUUACUUCAUCGAUUUGCCAGUGAUGAGGGGUAUGCGCUCUUCGACGAUGUCAUUCCCUUCUUUGAGCGCAUGCGCGAGCUACGACGCUCCUCCACUCGGCACUUCGAUCGUGUUGUGGUAGGUGUGGUCACCAAUUCCGAUGAUCGAGUUCCUGCUGUUCUGAAGGCGUUGGGGCUGCGAGUGGGCGAUUUGCGUGCCGAUCAGGAUAUGUCCAGUAUGGAGCUCCCUGGGUUCGAGCAACGAACCAGUUCCAACGAUGCGAGCUCCUUGGGCCAUCUAGACAACGACUUGGACUUCGUCAUAACCAGUUACGAGGCUGGUGAGGGAAAGCCGAAUCGACUUAUCUUCGACAUCGCCAAGCGGCAAGCUCGUUUAUUAGCAAGCACGUAUGGCCCCGUUCAAGGUUCACUUACUCCAGACGAGACAGAUGACUGGGUCUGUGUCCAUGUCGGAGAUGAAUAUGAGAAAGACUACCGCGCUGCAGUAGACGCCGGAUGGAAGAGCUAUUUGGUCCGUGCGGAUGGGGAAUACCCUGCGAAGACUCUUGGCUCGUUGUUGGAAUUGAUCCUUGAACUGAAGAUCUGA